AGCGCCUCCGCAACCAACAUCAACAUGAAACUGAUCCUACUGGUGGGCGCCCUUGCGGCCAUGGCCUCCGCCGUCCCCCGUCCCGACUCUCCUCCCGUCUACGGCGCUCCUCCACCGACCUACAAGCAGCCAGGAAUGCCCUUCGAUUUCAGUUACGCCGUCAAGGACUACUCGGGCAACGACUACGCCCACGCCCAGACCAGCGACGGUCACGUCACCUCCGGAUCGUACAGAGUGGCUCUUCCCGACGGCCGAACCGAGAUCGUGGAAUUCAGCGCCGAUCACGACAACGGCUACGUCGCCAACGUCGCCUACGAGGGGGAGGCCUCCUACCCCGCCCCCGCCCCCUCCUACCACCCCGCCCCCGCUCCCUCCUACCCUGCUCCACCACCCCCACCAACCUACGCCUAAACGCACCACCAAAGGCAAACCGAAAACAAAGCCCAAAGUUUACUUUUUGCUCCUCAUUCAUAAACUUUCUUGUUACGUUUGUAAUACAUUCAGUCUGUGACUAUUGCCAUAUGUUAAGUGUUAAUGGACGAAUGCCAUUCGGCACUUUAAUUUAUUCUUGUAAAUAAAAGCAGAUCUACGAAAA